CUUGAUCUAGCAAAUGCUACAGCCUGAACUAGUGAGAAGUGAGAGGGGCUUUUUUGUUUUGUGCCCGGAAGUGGUUCUUCUUUCAAUGCUUGUCACUUGGGAACCAUGACUGAAAAUUCAGUAGUGAAAUUUUGGCGUGCAUGGAAUGGCGAAAUCAAUUCAUUCAGAAUUUGCCAAGGCUGAAGUGGGAAAGCAUGUAAGCACCCGCACCCUUUCCCCUCCAACAUUGCACAUUAUGCCUCUAGGGAAAAAGUGUAAGCGAGCAAAUAACCUUGGAAAGUACUCUCAGAAGAAAUUACAUGUAGACCCAUCUCCGACUACAGAGUCAAUCCACACAAUCCCCCUAGAGCACACACAGACUGUUGGGGACGAUGUACUUCCGGAUUGGCCUGAUGCUAAUGUCAAUUCCAACUCAUAUGAUGGUGCAAACAGUGAUGUGGACAGCGACACAGACCUUGAUGAAACAAUCAACCCAGCAAUAUCCUCAAAGAAUGCAUUUUCCCAGUGCCUACACGAUACUGAGGGACAGCUUGCUCAUGGGAGGAACAGUGCUAUAACACAGAUAGAUCUCACCCAAGGAGAGGAGGAAAAAGAGACCUGCAGCUCUGAGGCUGCUGAGAGCAAUGUGUUUGUUGCCGAGAUGGAGAUGCACGAUAUCUCCCCUGAUGACCAACAGUCAGAGUCCACCUGGAGCCCCACCCACAGCCCAGCAGACACUCCUUGA